CCUAGGAAACGUUCACCUAUCGCGGUGAAGAGGCCACCAGGAGAUAAAUCGAUGUCCCGGGGCUCGGCGGGAGUUAUCCUCACAAAAUAUAACUAAAAUACAAAAGAGCCCGCGCGGUGCUCUCGGUCCGGACAGCGGAACCCCCUCCCCCGCCCCCCCACGUCCAUCCGCCAUGGAUCCGCUGCUGUGUUUAGCCGGCGCGGUCGUCACGUUGCUGCUGUGGGUCAAAAUCAAGGGUCUCGAGUACGUCAUCGUCCACCAGCGGUGGAUCUUCGUGUGUCUGUUCCUGCUGCCGCUGUCCGUCGUGUUCGACGUGUACUACUCUGCGCGCGCGUGGCUCAUCUUCAAAAUGUGCUCCGCGCCAAAGCUGCACGACGAGCGCGUGCGAGACAUCCAGCGACAGGUGCGCCAGUGGAAGAAGGACGGCGGGAAGACGCACAUGUGCACGGGUCGGCCCGGCUGGCUCACCGUGUCCCUCCGGGUGGGGAAGUACAAGAAGACCCACAAGAACAUCAUGAUCAACAUGAUGGACAUCCUGGAGGUGGACACCGAGAGGCAGGUGGUGAGGGUCGAGCCGCUGGCCAACAUGGGUCAGGUGACCGCCCUCCUCACCUCCAUUGGCUGGACGCUGCCGGUGCUGCCCGAGCUGGAUGACCUCACCGUGGGUGGCCUGGUGAUGGGCACAGGCAUCGAGUCGUCCUCUCACAUCUACGGGCUGUUCCAGCACAUCUGCGUCGCCUUCGAACUGGUCCUAGCCGACGGCGGCUUGGUGCGCUGCACCGAGGAGGAGAACUCGGACCUGUUCCACGCCGUGCCGUGGUCCUGUGGCACCCUGGGGUUCCUGGUGGCGGCCGAGGUGAAGAUAGUCCCCGCCAAAGCCUGGGUGAAGCUGCGCUACGAGCCGGUCCGGGGCCUGGAGAACAUCUGCCGGCGCUUCACCGAGGCGUCGCAGAACAAGCAGAACACGUUCGUGGAGGGCCUCCAGUACGGCCGCGACGCCGCCGUGGUCAUGACGGGCACCAUGACGGACCACGCCGAGCCCGACAAGAUCAACAGAAUCGGGCUCCACUUCAAACCCUGGUUCUUCAAACACGUGGAGGGAUACCUGAAGGGCGACCGCAACGGCGUCGAGUACAUCCCCCUGAGGCAGUACUACCACCGGCACACACGCAGCAUCUUCUGGGAGAUGCAGGACAUCAUCCCCUUCGGGAACAACCCGGUGUUCCGCUGGCUGUUCGGCUGGAUGGUUCCUCCCAAGAUCGCCCUGCUGAAGCUCACGCAGGGAGAAACCAUCCGGAGGCUCUACGAGCAGCACCACGUGGUCCAGGACAUGCUGGUCCCCAUGAAGGACCUGCAGGCGGCCAUCACGCACUUCCACCAGGACAUCUACGUGUACCCUCUGUGGCUGUGUCCCUUCCUGCUGCCCCCGGGCCGAGGCAUGGUCCACCCCAAAGGUCAGGAGGCGGAGCUGUACGUGGACAUCGGCGCCUAUGGAGAGCCCAAGGUCAAAAACUUUGACGCCAAGGCGUCCACGCGCCAGCUAGAGAAGUUCGUGAGGGACGUGCACGGGUUCCAGAUGCUGUAUGCAGACGUGUACAUGGACCGAGAGGAGUUCUGGGAGAUGUUUGACGGCCGGCUGUACCAGCGGCUGAGGGAGGAGCUUGGCUGUAAGGAGGCCUUCCCGGAGGUCUACGACAAAAUCUGUAAAUCCGCCCGACACUGACCCCCUCCCCCCCCCUGACCUCGCCCCCCCCCCUGGUGUCACAACUACAUACAGACAAACUGCAUCACAAGUACCAGCGAACUCGAGAAGCAGGAGCACAAGUAUCAUACGUUGUGAAUGUAUUUUCUUGACACAUUUAUCGUAUGUCAACAUUCACUGUUCAGAUACAUUUUCUGUAAAAUUAUUUUUUGUGUAUUUUCUGCACUGCUGAACAUAAUCCGGAGUCCCUCAUAGACCUUUUAAACAUAUUUCUAAACACCUUUUCUCUGACUGGUCAGCCUACAAGUGCCAUACACCUAAACAUGAGGCGUGUACAUAUUUUGAAAUAUAAACUUUUGUAAUAAAUGUGAAAAAGAGAAACUCAAAAAAAAUCUGAUCACCAGAACUCUGGUUUUUUUUAAACUAUUGCACAAACAGUCCAAACUAAUGUAUUUCCUCUGAGCUGUUUUCUUUUAUUUAAAUAACCGUGUGAAGCUGAUCACGUGUCAUUCUGCAGCAAAUAAACUGAUAUGCUCAUCAA